AUGGCGGACGAAGAGGCACCUGCGGCUCGUCCUCAAGUCAUGCCGAUCUUCAUGGGAGCUCCCUGGGCGCAGCGCUAUGGAGGACCGGGAUCGGAGUUAAGCUUACAGGAUUGGAAGGCGCAGACGGAGUAUCUGGCUGGACUACAGGGACUGAGUGCAGCACAGAGAGUACAGUUUGUGUUGGGGUCGCUGGAAGGAGAAGCCAAAAGGGAAGUUCUGGCUGCAUCGGAAGCCACACGUGCUACCGCAAAAACUAUCUUCGAUUUCUUGUUCGGAUUAUAUGGAGACUCCACCCCAGUGGCCACUCUUCGUGCCCAGUUCUUUAACUAUAAACAGGGGCCUACGCAGACACUUCGGGCAUACUCCUUGAAGUUGCGGGAGCAGUUUGGCUGGCUGAAGGGGCGACCGGACCAUGGACUGGGUGAAGGGGAUGACUUGUUACGAGAUCAAUUCGUCUUGGGGCUGCGUGAAGGGCCAGUACGUCAGGGCAUACGACUCCAGCUUCGACGAGACCCCACUAUGACCUUUGAGGCUCUGCGACAAGAGGCCUUGGCGUUAGAACUGGACCAGGGAGAGGUAACUCGCACACCAGUCUGUGUGGCAGCAAGUAGUGCCAGUGGACCUGCGCCUGUCGAACCGAGCGAUUGGAAACAGAAACUGAGGGCCGAACUGUUGGAGGAUGUCAAGGGACAGAUGGCGGAAUUAUCCCGGAACCUGCUGGUCGCCAGUGUGGGCUUCGUCGGGGUUCUCAAGGGGUUUUUAGUUCCACCGGCCACUGUGGGUCAAGUGGCCGGGACCCCUUUGCGUGACCCUCUUUCUGUUCCUGUUGCACGAGAUGACUGGGUGGGACAUUGCCCUACCGUGGAGGUUCAAGCUAAUGGAGUCACGAUAGACUGUUUGGUUGACACAGGGUCUCAAGUUACGCUAUUCUCGGAGAGCCUGGCCCAGGAGUUGUUCGCAGAUCAUCGGCUCCAAGCAACUGAAGCUUCCAGGCUGACCCUACGGGGGGCUAAUGGUUUGGACAUCCCCUACACGGGGUACAUCGUGGUAGACUUUCUUGUCCGAGGGGUCCCCGUCCAACAAAAAGGGGUAGUUAUUGUCCGAGAUCAUUGCUUGGGAAAUCAUCGAGCACUUUUAGGGAUGAACGUUAUACUGGAUUGCUGGGAAGAAUUGUUUCGGGGGCCGCCGGCUCGGAUGUCUCCGUCACCGGCAAAACAGGACUGGGACCGAAUUCUGGCCGAUUGUAAAAGAGUGCACGCAGCUAAUCACAUAGAAGAGAGGGAAGACAUCGGUCGAGUUGCCUGUAGGUAUGCUCUGUCCAUCCCAGCUCAGAGUGAGACCGUUCUUUGGGUCCGAGUACCCGCAAGACCCCGUGGGUCAGGCACCUGUGUCCUGGUAGAGCCUCACGAAGAUUGUCAGCCAGUUGAAGUGGCUCACGGACUGGCGGUUGUCCAUCGGGGGCGAGUCUCAGUAAAAGUACGGAACACAAAUCCUUACCCAGUGCUCCUUCGUCGACACCAACGUCUGGCCCGAGUUUCCUCGGUACGUCCUGCCCAGGUGCACGAGCACCAAGCUGUCUGCUUCAGACAGGUGAGCCCUGCGGUGGUGGAAGUUGCCGUCCGCCCUGUUGAGGUAGAACUGGGUUCGGUUGGAGGAGGGAUGCCGGCCCAUCUGAUGGGAGAGUCCCUGAAGGGUGAGAAUCUGGACGAGGAGCAAGUGGUACAGCUUCAGGAGCUUUUGAGGAAGUGGCAACAUGUGUUUUCAAAACAUGAAGAGGACUAUGGCUGCACAGGGGUGGUGAAGCAUCAAAUACCCACUGGUGAGGCGACGCCUAGUCGAGAGCGGUACCGUCCGGUGCCCCCCACUCUUUAUACCGAGGUCCGCACCCUGUUGAAAGGUAUGCUGGAGGGAGGAAUCAUCCGAGAAAGCAGUAGUCCUUGGGCUGCGCCCAUCGUUCUGGUGCAGAAGAAGACGGGAGCCUGGAGGUUUUGCGUCGACUAUCGCAAACUUAACAGUGUAACGAAGAAAGAUGCAUUCCCGUUGCCACGGAUUGAAGACUCACUCACCAGUCUUACCCAAGCGGCAUGGUACUCGACAUUGGACCUGGCAAGUGGAUACUGGCAGGUGCAGGUGGAUGACCGAGAUAGGGAGAAGACAGCUUUCACCACCCCGUUUGGGUUAUUUGAAUGGGACCGUAUGCCGUUCGGUCUGUGCAACGCUCCUGCGACUUUCCAACGCCUGAUGCAGCGCUGCCUAGGAGGACAAUUAGUCGACUCAACGCUGGUCUACCUAGACGAUGUGAUCGUCUUCUCCCCUGAUUUCCACACUCACCUGCAUCAUCUGGAAGGAGUUUUCAGGGCCAUGGAGAAAUAUGGGCUGAAGCUUAGGCCGGAAAAAUGCCAGUUACUGCGGAAAGAGGUGCAGUUCUUGGGACAUCGCGUCAGUGCUGUAGGGAUCUCCCCUGACCCAGAGAAGGUGGCGGCGGUCCAAGGAUGGGAGCCACCCCGGACAGUAAGACAGGUGCGGUCGUUCCUGGGCUUUGUGGGAUAUUAUCGUCGCUUUAUAAAGGGAUUCUCUGGGCUUGCUAAGCCACUGAACCAACUCUUGGCUGGCACUGGACGUGCCCGUGGUAAAGGCUCCCCCUCAGUACACUGGGAUUCCACCUGUGAGACCGCUUUCCAGAACCUUAAACAGGAACUCCUGAAGGCCCCAAUCUUAGCCUAUGCAGAUUUCACCCAGCCGUUUCUCCUGUACACUGACGCCAGCAAUGCAGGAUUGGGGGCCGUGCUGGCCCAAGAGCAUCAAGGAGUGGAGAGAGUGAUAGCUUACGCAAGUCGAAGUUUACAUCCCGCCGAACGAAACGCUGCAAACUAUAGCUCCUUUAAAAUCGAACUACUGGCGAUGAAGUGGGCCAUGACGGAGAAGUUUAAAGACUACUUGUGGGGAGCCAAGGUAACGGUGAUUACAGACAACAAUCCCUUAGUACACUUGCAAUCCGCUAAAUUGGGGGCAGUGGAGCAGCGCUGGGUGGCACAGCUAGCAAAUUAUGAUUACCAGCUAAAAUACCGUCCCGGCAGAGAGCACGUAAAUGCAGAUGCCCUGUCCAGACUCCCAGCCACCCAGAGGGACGAUCAAGCACCCCUCGGUGCCCUUGGUACCGAAGAUGAGCUGCUGGUGGCCGUGGUGGAAGCUCCCGGGGCCCCGGAGUCUGUUCCAUCUAGUUGGGGGUGGGACCCCGGACGGUGGAGAGAGCUGCAGCAGAGAGAUGCGGAUUUGGGUCAGCUCCUGUUGUACCUCCGACAGGGAAACAUGCCGAGGGCAGAGGAAAGACGGUCUCAGACGGUGGGGGUACGACAGCUCUGA